UGGUGGUGGUACAGACAGCGAUGCGAACCAGGUUUAGGUGCACGGGGGCGGAGGUGACGGUGGUGAUGAAAAGCACUGUAAAGGUGGAGGUGGUAGUGGUGGUGGUGGUGGUGGUCGCCGGUGGUAGAGGUGAGGUCUCAAGCUCAGUACCGCUUUGACUACCGUGAGGGUGAGACUCGCGCCGCGCCCCAACCCGAUGCUCACUCUCCCUGCCCUCCUCUCUCCCUUGCCAUCCAUUCGAGACCCGUCAUGUCGCUCCCCUGAUCUGUGAACCCUUGACCUCGUGACCUCCCCAGUGAUGACCUUAACACAGAAUGAGGCCAACGGUGCAAAAUACGGAAAAAGUAACCCCGAAGUACCGAUUUUAAGCCCAUAUGUCGAAGGCUUCAUCAAUUUCACGCAGAGACGCGACUCUGGAAACGAAGUCGACGCUUAGGCCAAAGGCGGAAGAGGAUGGUCAAUGAGAGAUAAGUUUUAUACAUGCGGUUGGGUUCUUGGACGGCGCAAGCUGGUGGGGCUGUGAUGGUGGUUGGUGGUGGUGGUGGAGGCGGUGUUCGCGGUGUGGUGGUGCUCGUGGUGGUGGUGUUGGGGGUAGUGCUGGGUGGGGAGGGGAGUGGGUUUGGUGGAGAGAGGCUGCCACGCUCCCCCCUACACACGAGAGCCCUUCAGAACAGCAUCCUGUCAUCUGCCCCCGAAGAAGACAUGAAGGCGGAAGUGCUUUCGAGAUACCCGGGACAAGAUGAUUAUAUUAGUCCGACCAGGGAGGUGUGGGCGGCGGACGGGCGGGCGGCGGACCUGAAGUGUAACCUGACCUCCCCGCUGCCGAAGGACGCGCCAAGACUGGUCCUGUGGUAUAAGAAAGGACUCCUGAAACCCAUAUACAGUUACGACAUGAGGAACGGCCCGGCGCUGCACAGGAAGAUCAACUCCCACCUCGGCUCCCGCAUCACCUUCGACGCCCCCAGACACGCGCUCAACAUCCUGCGGGUCAGACUGAGCGACGCCGGAAUCUAUCGGUGUCGCGUCCACUUCCGAACCAACCCAACACUCACCUAUACCACCAACCUGUCCGUGCUAAUUCCACCUCGCCACAUAGUCGUCUACACGGAACUCGGGGACGAGGCGAAGGGUAUAAUUGGGCCAUACGUCGAGGGGGACAACCUGACCCUCCACUGCCGAGUACGAGGCGGCUUCCCCCCUCCGAGAGUCACCUGGUGGGAGGGGGAGGUGCUGCUGGACGGCGACGUGGAGGAGGAGGAGUCGGAGGUGGUCACGAACACGCUGCAGCUGCCCCAACUCGCGCGGGAUGACCUCAAUAAAAAGCUGACUUGUCGCGCCAAUAAUAACAACCUGACGGAGCCGCUUGUCACCUCCGUCGCCGUGGAUAUGCAUUUCCCGCCGCUGUGGGUGGAGGUGCUGGGGGAGCGCAGACCCUUGAGUGCCGGGAGACCGUACGACAUCAAGUGCCAAGUUAUAGGAGCGAGGCCGCCUGCGAUUGUCACUUGGCGCCUGGACGAUAAGCGGCUCACGUCACACAGCGAAAAGCUCACGGAGGAAGGGAACGUGACCAGGAGCGAGCUGAGAUGGACUCCAAGUGUUAGGGACGAAGGGAGGAUCCUCGCGUGCCGGGCCGAGUCUCCUACGCUCUCCAACCCGCCUCUUACAGACCGAUGGAAGCUGCAGAUUUACCACGUUCCCAUGACGAGGCUGCGGCCAGGUCGGUCCCUCAACCUGAGUAACAUCGAAGAGGGUGACGACGUUUACUUCGAGUGCUCCAUCAAGGCCAACCCGCCCGUCACCGAGAUCUCCUGGCUUCACGAGGGUAAGAAGCUGGAGCACAACGUCACAGCGGGGGUCAUCAUAAGCAACCAGUCCCUCGUCCUCCAGAAGGUGACCAGGGCGGCCUCGGGGGACUACUACUGCGUCGCCACCAACAUCGAGGGCGACGGACACUCCAACCCCAUCGUACUGCGCGUCAAGUACGCGCCCGUGUGUAAGGACGGUCAGGAGGCUUACCACGGGGCAGCCAAGCAUGAGGAGGUCAGGAUUCCAUGCCAGUUGGACGCUCACCCGCUGCCAACGUCUUUUAAAUGGACCUUCAACAACAGCGGCGAGAGUGUUGACAUUCCCGAAAGUCAUAUGGAAAACGGAGGCUGGCAGUCUGUGGUCCGCUAUACACCGAACACUGAACUCGAUUACGGCACGAUGCUCUGCUGGGGCGCCAACCCUGUGGGCAUCCAGGCCACCCCGUGCGUCUUCCACAUCUUCCCCGCCGGCCGCCCAGACCCCGUUCACAACUGCUCCGUGUACAACCUCUCCGUGACCGUCGUGAACGUGCGCUGUGUGGCGGGGUUCGACGGGGGGUUACCGCAGACAUUCAUCCUUGAACUGUACGAACCUCUCUCCCAUCGCCUCCUCGCCAACGUCACGAGCUCGGGCCCGGAGUUCAGCGUGUCGGGCCUCUCCGCGGGGCUGACGCUGAUGGGGGUCGUGUUUUCCACCAACGAGAAGGGGCGCGGAGAAAUGGUUUCCUUCCCGGCCUACACUAUCAAGGACGUGGCCGAAAGAAGAACAGCCGCCGUCAAGCCGCCCCCAGCCCACGACACCAGCUCCCCGCCCCUCACUAUCAAGUCCAUCAUCGCUCUGACGGUGGGCGGGGCCGUGGGACUCCUGGUGAUGGGCGUGGUGGCGUGCGUGGUGGUGAAGCUGAGGUCGGAGGGACAGCGCGAGUGUGGAAGACAUCAACGAUUACUGGAGGGAGGCGUGGUGGUGGUUGAAGGGAGAGGGAAGGAUGAAGGCGGAGGAGCAACACCCCUACCCACCACAACCCACACCCCGACAACGAUCCAGGACCUCCCGCUCCCGCCUGCCUCCUCCUCCACCGUGUCCUCCCGAGAUACAGAGGAGGUGAACCCUGACCUAAUUCCACACACAGAUAGCGAGGUUCGAAACGUAGGGGGAGUGACCACCAUCAGCACAUCCACCCUGCCCGCCACCUACACCACCUUGCAACCCUCAUACGCCACCCUGCCGAGAGCCACGCACCUGCACUCACACGCUUAUCAGCAAACACAACAGCAGUCACAGCCGCAGCAGCAUCAGGAGGGGGGCUGCAGCCUGGCCGCCGCUCCCACCACCUGCGCCACCACCGCUGUGAGAUACGCUGAGCUCCUCCUGACCGGCCCAGCCCCCGCCGUCGUCCCUCUCCACCACUUCUACCACCACCCCCACCCCCAACACGCGGCCCCCACCCCCACCACGCCCCCGCCUCCCCCGCCUCCAUCACACCGAGUCAUGUUCACCACCCCAGACCCACACCACCAUCACCACCACCACCACCUCAUGCACCACCACCACCACCACCCGCAUUACCCACACGUUCACACACACGUAGCGGGAGCAACGCCCACGCACAGCCCACAUACCCUCCGCAGCGCCACCCAGACACAAGAGGAUAGCGGAUGGCAGCCCACGGAGAGGAGGAUCGUCAGACGUCACUCCCUGCGGCGAGAUCCUUAUAUCUGCCAUGAGAAGGACUCGCAGGCCUCCCUCCUUCCUUCCCAGGGGCAGAAGGAGAGCUCCGUCUAGGUAAUCAUUCUCUAGAGUUCUCAAAUCAGGUCCACUUCACUGCCGAGUCCCCGUUACCGAACCAAAACACCAUUAGGGGAAAGUGCGUACCCUUGACCUGAGGAAAAUGCCGAUAUUGCUACAGCUCUCCCCGGGGAAUCAGGGUACAAGUGCUCCUCUCAGCCACGGAAACACCUUCAGGAUAUAUAUGGGUGCACAGGGCCAUGGUGAAGGGCGUGCUGUCUCUCUCUCCCUCUCUCUGGUGCCCAUAACUUUCCCCGACAGACUGAACUCCAGGAGAAAGAGAUUAAGAGGUCUAGGGACAACUUAUCUUCAUCCUUCCACCUUCAGGAGUCCCAAUGGAAGAUACAACCGUGAAGGGCCACAAGAAGAAUGACGUGAUGCCUUGGGACUCAAUGUUUAAGGCUCAAAUCAAAGAUAAAGUGUGAACCGAUCAGUCUUUCUCCCUCCCGCGUCCCUGCAGCCGGGCGCCGAUAGUGUGGGGUCACGCGCCCUUUGUCGGAGUCUGCCUGAGUUACCUUCCUUAUCAACUAGUCGAUUCCCCCUCGCUCCCUUCCUCUUCCGUUAAGAGUGAAAGAACUAAGACCACCGAACCGUCAUUUGUUUGUGUCCCUUCCUCCUCCUCUUCCCCCUCCUCCUCCUAAUUUGCUACCUCUCAACCACCCUUCCCCUCGCGCACUAAACCUAUCCAGCAAGCCCCUCCUAGCUAAUUUGUCUCUCUCCUCUCCUCUCCCACUUCCUCUUCCUCUUCCUCCGCCACCUCCACUUCGUCUUCCUGUCAUUCACUACUUACAGCAUACUCUUCAAUAUUACUACCACUAUCACUACUACUAAUAUUACUACCUCUUCAACUACAUCAACAACUACUACUAUUACUUUUAUACCUACUCCUGCUAUUAUACCUGCCACUUAUCAGCGUGUCAUAAGACCCCAGAAAAGUCCCCCGAGGCAGUCAGUCACACCUGUUGCUCACCUGACGUGCCCGCGCCACUCACGGCUUCAAAACUUCAAUCAAACGUCAACAAACUCCCCUUCAGCGGGCGUAUCGCUGCCCUUGAACGAUGCUGUCACUUCGGCCACUUGUGAAAAAGUGGCGAAUAUCAUGACGCUUGAAAUAACGUUAAAAGUGUCGCUCAGUGGUGGUUUGAUUCCUCCUUUGUUGUUUAUUAUUACGUGAUCUCCCACAUUUUUAGCGCGGCCUUUAGAUAGUAAAAUGCGCAAUGAAAAAUGGGUUUUAUGAGAUACUUUUUAUGUGCUCGAUGAAAAAUAGUCAACUUUUUUUCUCCUAUUGUUUGGUAUUGUUUCAGACACAAAGGCGACCUCAAUUGUUUUUCCCUUAGAGGAUGUUAACGCAAAAUAAAACUGCACACACACACACACACACACACACACACACACACACACACACACACACACAGGUCGCCAACGGAGGCCUGUGAAACUCUAGUGCUUGUUAUACAAGCUUGACGGGCGGGAGUUCCCGCCGCACCGUGCUGAGGGGCCGGACUCUCGCCUUCACAGAUAUGCUCUCCGUCGAGGUCAUCGCAGCGAGUCCAGGGCGACGUUCGUGGCCCUGGAGAAAGUGCUUCGGUUUGAGGGUUUGAUCUGUCGCCCUUACUUACGUCUUGCGCUUCCCGCGAUAACCAAGUCCGUGAUAUGCAAAGUUGGUGUCCCGCCUCCCCCCUGCCGCCCCUGCCCCUUCCUGGCCCAUACAGGCCGAGGAGUGGCCGCGAGACACGCCGCCCGCCAGUCACGACGCUCCAACUUGCAACGAAGGACAAUAUAUAUCUGGCCGCUGAUUGGACGAGACACACGACAUGGGCCAAUAAAGGGCGACCGGUCAACGAAGGACACGCUGCCAGAGCCUCGAUAACUCCCGUCUUUGGGAGCCGCCGGAGUUACCGAGCGGAGAUCGAGUUAAACCAUCUCGCCCAGAAAGUGCACUCAACCCAACUUUAGGACGAUCCCCUGACGCGGAGGUCGUUGGAGGUCUCUCAGGGGUGCAGGAAACAGGGGGAGGAGGGGAGGGUUGUCUCAUUUCACAGGACACUAAAGGAGACACAAACAGACGCAAAGAGACGAACACCCGAAGAAUUACAGUCAUCAAAGCGGUAAUUCAAUGAGCCGGAGCUGAAUGGUUUGAGGGGAUAUUCGCCAAUACGAGGCGGACGCGGACUGAGCGAAGGUGAUGAGCCGCAAUACGAGGACGAAUGCGUGUGAUCAUGGCGGGAAAAGUAGGAAAAGACACCCGCCCAAACAACCAACCAGCAGGUGCAUGUAUUACGGGCACGGCGAGGCGGAAAGGAAAGGACGUGAAGGAUAAUAUAAUACAAGACGGAAUAAAAGGAAUGGGUGGGGAGAUAGGACGUUAGGUUAUCAAUAGAACGACAUGAAAUCAAAGGUAAUGACUCGACAAUAAAACUAGUGUAGCGAGUGGACGGUGAGACGCCUGAGGAAAAAUAGAGAAAAUAUGUAAAGUGUCAUGAACUUUAUGGGUUUGUCUGACAGGUGUCGCCCCCAAGCGUGUGUGUCGUGGAGGAAGUUUGUAAAUGUUCUCAUUGUAUUUUUGUAUACAAAUAAAUUGUUUCAUUAUA